AUGACUGGCUCUGCGCUCAAGCCCCCAGUACCUCUGGAGCGUCAGGAUGCCCCCCAAUUAAGAGAUCGUGUGCUAUCAUACGAUCGAAAUAUCUUGAAAACUACAGCAGAGAUAAACCAAGAUCGACUUUUACACCUACGCGACACAUGCGAGCGCACAAAUAAUGGAGGCAAAUAUACUAUAGAACCUACUUUUUACAUUCAUGUCAAAAAUGAAAGCUUAUUGUACUGUUUGGUAUUCAAAUCGGGAACUACUAGCUGGUUUUAUAAUAUCAACCGGUGGGCUGGAUAUACUGAGGAAACGAUAUUGGAUGAUAAAACUGACAACUUUAUGAUUGCUCGCGUAAAAUAUCCUUGGGAAAGUCCACGUGUGCUACUUACCAGUAUGAAAAACACAUACUCUUUCAUUGUAGUGCGUAAUCCUUUUGAGCGUUUAAUAAGUGCUUACGAAGAGCGUUUGCUAGGGCAAAUUCAUCCAUACUUUAAAAAUCUUUCUCAUGCAAUCUAUAAAAUUUACCACCCUGAUGGGAACGAAUAUGGGAUUCCUUCUUUUCAGGAUUUUACUCGUUAUGUUAUAGAUCAAUAUCAUAACAACAAACCAUCUGACCUUCACUGGCGACCAAUAAAUGACCUAUGCACUCCAUGUUUAGCACGAUAUGAUUCUAUCAUGAAAAUGGAAUCUUUUACUAAAGACUUAGACUACUUGGCGAAUCGUACUCAAUUGCAUCGAAAAAUAAAACCAGUGCAAAUGAAUCACUCGCGUCGUGAUCCUGUACGGCGAUUAAUUCAAAAAUAUUUCUCUCAGUUGACCAGACAGCAGUUUGAUGAUUUAUACGAAAUUUAUCGAAUAGAUUUUGAAUUAUUUGAUUACUCGCCUGAAGAGUACAUUACAUACGUCCAAUAG